AUGGCCUUGGGGACACCUGAGAACUUCCAGCCAGCUCCACUUUUGCCCAAACAUGCUCCACAUCCUGCUGCUGCCUCUUGGAAAUCCACAGACCAGAGGAGGGCCAGAGGAUGUUCAGAAAACUGUCUCGAACAGAAGCUGAGAACACCUCGCCGAAGAUGUCAGCAGCCCAAAAUGCUGAAUAGCCCUGAGGAUAACAUGUACUAUAACCAGUUAAACGGAACUCUAGAAUAUCAAGGGAGCAAGAGGAAGCCAAGAAAAUUUGGCCAAAUCAAAGUGCUUGAUGGGGAAGAUGAAUAUUACAAAUCACUCUCUGCGGUGGAUUCGAUCCCUGAAGAAGACAGCUCCAGCCACUGUUCCCUGCUCUCCUCAUCCUCUCAAGGAGAGCCUUUGGCUGAAAGCUGA